AUGGGCAAUUGUGUUGGCGGUUUUAGGAUACAUAAGAAAAAGUUACAGCACCACAAAAAAGCCAGAAAGAUACGAAUUUGCAUUUUGGGCAUAGAUGGUGCUGGGAAAACAACAACUAUAUGUGCAUUAGCUUCAGGUGAAAUAAAUGAUAUUUUACCAACGAAUGGCUUCACGCUACAACAAUUUAGAUAUCGAAAAGCUGAAAUUAUUGCAUAUGAUUUGGGUGGUGAUGAACGGAUACGUUCAAUAUGGAAAAAUUAUUAUCCUGAGGUAUUUGGUGUAAUUUAUGUUAUUGAUGGAAGUGAACAAAAUCGUAUCGAAGAAAGUGGUCAAUUGUUAAAAGAUGCAAUUAGUGAUGAAAAUUUGAAUAAUAAACCAUUUUUGGUAAUUUUAAAUAAAAAAGAUCGAGGACGAUGUAUUGAUGAAAUUCAACUUACCGAUCGAUUUAAUUUGCAUAAUUUAGCAAAUCGAUAUCGGACACAAAUUCGAGUGGAAAUUUGUCAAACAAAUACGGGUAGUGGACGAAUGAUCGAUAUAUCGCUUAAAAAUGGUUUUGAAUGGUUAUUAGAACAAAUUUAUCAUGAUUAUGUUGUAUUAGAGGAACGAGUAAAUGAAGCAUUAAAAAAGCUUAAACGUCAACAAGAUGAGCAACGAAUAAAACGACAACAUCAUCUUGCUGCUACAAUUAGCAGGUAA